AUGAUUACACAGGAUAGAGUCUCUGGUACUGGAGGUGGGGUUGCUAUUCUUCUUAAUAAAAAUCUCGCUCACUCCGUGAUCAACAUAAAUAGAGUUGACGGGAUUGAGUUCUGCGCUGUUAAAUUGAGGCAUCCAAAAUUCUAUGUGGGGGUGGCUUACGUCCCUCCCUCCACCACUCUCUCUCCCUCCCAUUUGGAUAAGCUGAUCAGUAUUGGUUCUCCAUUCGUCAUCGGUGGUGACUUUAAUGCCAAGCACCGCCAUUGGAACAAUUCCAGGGCCAACCACAGCGGGAAGACAUUAUAUCAUCACUUCUCCAACAACAACUAUGACGUGAUUUUCCCAAAUCAUUUCGCCAGGUUGGCCCCUGGUGUGAGCCCCUCUACCUUAGACAUCUUUCUGAUAGACUCGGACCUUUCUUUCAUAUGUGACACCCGUGACCUGGGUCCCUCUGACCACUCUCCAGUGGUCCUUGCUGCAUCUACGGAGAGCCCCUCCCGUGGGAUUGAUGUUGAGAUUGAUUGGGAGAAGUAUCGAUCUCUGACGGGUAACUUUAACAUGCGUUCUGCCUUCGCUGGUCCGCGGGAUAUCGAUGAUGUUAACCGGAGCAUGGUCACUCUGAUGCAUUCCGCUAGAAGGACUGUCACCCUGAAAAUCGACACAGCUCGCACUCGACACGCGUUUCUUCAAAAUGAUCCUUAUCUCCUCUCGCUCAUCAGGAAAAGGACACAUCUUAGAAAGCACGCCCAGCGUUUUGGAUCCUCCUUUUUACACCCGUUUGCUCGCGACCUUAUUGCUUCCAUCAAAAGACAAAUUUCAUAUCUUACACAUAAGGACUGGAUUAAUAAACUCAGUUCCUUCAAAAAACCGAACCCUACUUUUUGGCCAGUCUACAAAAUUCUUGCCGGUAAAUCUACAAGUACUCCGCUUCCCGUCUUGAGUAAGGGUGGCCAGCCUAUUUCUAGUGCGCCUGAAAAAGCUGAAAUUCUCGCGGACCAGUUUGAGUCAGUCUACAUCGAGGCCAGCGCUGCCAGCUCUCCCCUCCAGUCAACGGUCAACGACUUCAUCACGGAGUUCUCCAGAAAUCAAACCCCCUCCCCAACGUCAUAG